ACCAAUCUAGUUUGGUUUCCCUCUCCUGGGGUAUCCAUCACCCCAAACUCGUUGAACAGCAGGUGGCAGUUUGGCACACUGCUUGGCAGCCAUGUUCCCCGAAUAACUCAGAAGAAGCAAAGGCACAAACAUCUCUGGGUGGGAAGGGAAAGAACACUGAGGGCCCACGGCUAGAGACUCGGUGAGGUGGCUCCUUCCUAGAGAAAGAACUCCUGCUAUCAGGAUGGCCCGCUAGGCCAGGCCACUCUUGUAAUCGCUAGUGCCAUCACUGCUAACCACAGCUGCCUCUGCACCCUGGCUCUCUGGCUUUCGAGAUUGCCCCAGGCUGCCCCUGGCGGUACUCCUCCACCCCCAUAGCCAGUCAGCUGAUUGGUAGAGAUUGCCCCCCCCCACUCACUCCCCGCCCCUGUGAAAGUUUGGUCCCAGCGGUGCCGGACUCCUACUCUAGCCUAUGAAUCCUAAACUCAAAUUCCUGCGCUCGGGUGUGGGAGGGUUAAGUUGAAGGGGGUGGAGAUUCCAGCUGGGUCAGCCUCCCUUAGACCUAGGAGUCCUGGUGUCACUGGCCACUGGGACACACACACCCCUGUGUAUAGGCUGAUGGCUCAGGAGAGGGCGUGGAGAGAUGCGGGGCAGCUAGGCCAGCUGCAAUCUCCCAGGUCUACUUGUCCCAAGCGAGUGGUUGCUCAGGGGCUCAGACCCAUUCUACUCAGUCCUUCUGAGGACAGUUUACUGCCUUUGGCUGGAGAUGAACCCUGCAGGUACGGGGCCCACAGUCUCCCCCGGGGUCCAGCCCACCGACGUGUCCCUCGGCUCGCCGUUUCCUUGGCCCUGCCCCCCCGACGUGCGGCUCUGUGGCCAUCUGAGGAAGCAGAAGUCCCAGCGCCGCCGCUUUUUCGUGCUGCGCGUGGACCCGCCACGCCUGGAGUGCUACGAGAGCGAGAAGAAGUUCUUGGCCAGCGGCUGCCGCCCACCUCGACCCCGGCGGACCGUUAGCCUGGAGGGUGCCUGCACGAUUAGCAAGCGCGCAGAUGCCCGGCAGCGCCACCUGAUCGUCAUUUAUACCAGCGACAGCAGCCUGGGCGUGGCGGCGGCCAGCGAAGCCGAGCAGCAAGCCUGGUACAGCGCCCUGCUCGAGGUGCGCGCCACCGCCGCUGCAGCCGCUGCGACCGCUAUGGGUUUCAGUCCCCAAGAGGCCCCUGAGUCUUGGAUCUUCGCCCCAUUCCAGGACGUCUGGCCUGUGACACUGCGGUCCAAGGGGCUGGGGAGAGCACGAGGUCUGAACAGCGGCAGCUAUCGCCUGUGCCUGGGUUCUGGGGCCCUGAGCCUCCUGCGAAAGCCGGGAAGCAAAGUCUCCAGAGACAGCCGCGCAACGCCACCACCAGCUCUGCGUUUGUCCUUGCUCAGUGUGCGCCGCUGUGGCCACGCAGAUUCUUUUUUCUUCCUGGAACUCGGGCGCUCGGCGCCUAUGGGACCUGGCGAGCUGUGGCUGCAGGCCCCUGAUGCAGUGGUGGCCCAAAGCAUUCAUGAGACAGUCCUGGCUGCCAUGAGGCGGCUGGGGAGUGAUGCAGCUGGUGGCAACGCUGAGCCACCGCAGAGAGACCCUCCCAACAGUGUCCCUGCUGCGGCUCCUAUCCAGGCGGCACCGUAUGAAACUCCCGCUUCUUCGGCCGCACAAGCAAGAAGCCCUGGGGAGCGAGGCAGGCAGGAUUGCUUCAAGCCCCUGCAAAGGAUGGAGUCUACACGCUCCUCCAGGGGGGCAGAUCUGGGCGGGGACUACAUCACCAUGGGAGUAAGGAGUGACUACGUGCACAUGGCCGGGGCAGAGGCAGGUGACUAUAUGUGGAUGGCACCCCCAGGUCUUCCUCCCACCCCACCCCCAGGCCUUCCUUCCACCCGUGCCAGGACAGGUCCCAGUAAGCAGCUCGAGGAUUCCGAGAGCACAGAGUAUGUGCCCAUGAACAGAUUUUUCCCCGGGUCUCUUUACUGCGAGCUCAAAGCCCCGGAGUCUGAACUCGGGCAUCCGGGUGCCCACUGUAGCAUUGGGGGCACAUGGAGACCCCCAGUGGCUCAGCCCCGCUCUUCCCAAGGGUCAGAGCUCUCUGGGGACUACAUGUACAUCCCUGACUGUGUAGGAACGGACGGCGCUAGGCUGGGGUCUCUGGACAGCUGCCUCAACUACGUGGACCUGGACCUCGUGCCUCCCCUGGAGGUCCCUGGAGCAGCCCCAGGGAACAGUCCACAUAGCUAUGCCAGCAUCAAGUUCUAGAACUUUCGAGAGAUGGGCAGGUGGGGAGACGCGGUCAUUGGUCGGAGAAGAGAGGAAAAGAAGAGGAAACCUUAGCACCGCUCAGCUCGACUCCUGCACACAGGAGGCAGGAACCCUGAGGCCACCAUGAACUGUUGCGCUGCCUGCCCCCUGGCCUGCUCUGUCCCCUCAGCUGGACCACCUGAGAAACCCGCAGGAAGAAGUGGUCCAGAGAAAUUAGUCUCUUUGAAGAGAACGUACUAGAACGUCUCUGCCUUCCCCCGCGACCCCAAUCCAAAAAUCAAACAAAUAAAACCCUUCUCAGCUGAA